AUGGCCUCGGAUUCAACUCUGAGCAGUCGCGUUUCCUUGAUUUCCCUCGAUCCUGCUGUUGCCUCCCACAUUACUGCCACCACCGUUCCUUCGACCUCUCAAUAUGGCUCCAGUCCGAGAAAGAGUACAAAGACGCCCGACACCGAGAUCACUCAUCGCCAUGUCAGGAAUAACUCUGCUCCAAAUACCCUCGACAAGAAACGCUCCAAUUCCCUGCGCCGCGUCAAGAACAGCACCGAGAUCCUGAGACAACGCUCUACAAAGUCCGCGAGGAAACAAAGGCAGCAAGACCCUGUAUUAGACACAAGAGGAGGUCGCAACUUCACCGUCGGCAAUGUCGGCACGGGUGGUAUCCUGUAUCUCACUCCCUCCGCCUUUCAAGCGCCAGGGCUGCACUCCAUCAAUCCAAUAUCGCCUCCGACCGUCACCACUCCUGUCACUGCGCCAGCCCUGCUAAGCCACGAGCAUCUUCAGACUUCCCUCCAGGCUGUCUCGGAUUCUUCCUCUCAAGCCCGUUCCACUUCUCCCAAGCGAUCCAUUCGAGCGAGCAACAGGAGGGUUGCACGUCCCAAUCAUGCCCGGUCCCAGUCCUUCUCGACCGUCGAAGAACAUCGGCACUCCCUGUCAGCCCCGGUCCAGUCAAGGACAUUACGGAUUGUCAUCAAUCGCCCAGACACUGCUCGUCCAGAAACGGCAAAAGAAUCUAUCGAGGAGCUGAAUGAGGAGCUGUCGCCCACUCUUGAAGUGCCCAUCCCGCAUUAUCGCAUUGGGACCUUUCGCUUCAGCAAUCAUGGCACUCCAGUUCUGCGCAAUUCCUCUUUCACGAGAGCCUCCGCCACUGGCUCAGACAUGACCCCCACGGCAGCCACUGCUCGUCUUGACCAAUACUUUCAGGGUCCUCCGGCGUCCAGUCUCAAAGUUUUUGCUCGACCCCCCCCCGCACAUUUGGGAGUUGAAGACGACCCAGCAACAUUGAACCCUCCUGGUUUAUCUUCCGACUCGACAACUUCAGUUCAACCAGCUGCAUUCGAUCAACUCACCCAGAUCUAUGACGAUCCCUCCGUCGUUCGUUAUUGCCAGAACGUCAGAGAAAUCACCGCAGCAACUCCGGCAAGAAUCAUUGCCCAAAUUUCCUCCGACUCCUUUAUGGAUUAUGAGUUGGUCUCGGAUUUCUUCCUUACCUUUCGAUCCUAUAUGUCGACUUAUACCGUUCUUGAUCUGCUUCUGGCCCGGUUAAGGUGGGCUAUCGCUCGGUUGGAGGACGAUGGAAGAAUUAUUCGUGUGCGCACAUUUGCUGCUCUUCGGCACUGGAUCCUCAACUAUUUCAUGGAUGACUUCUUUAUAGAUCUUCGUCUGCGAGAAAGAUUCUGUGCCGAAGUCAACAAAUUGCAUCGUGAUGUCAAAGCCAGUCCAGAAAAUGGGUAUAGCGACCUCAAGCUUUUGCGCGAUCUGAAACGGUGCUGGAACGGGCGUUGCUCACUGUGCUGGGAUUCUGAGGGCUUCGAACUCGAUGGUGAUCAGGAGGAAGAUCUACUGCCCGGUGGACCGAUGGACAUCCAGCAAUCCACCCCGAGACCUCGCACGGCGGUCAGGCCCUUCCAUCCUCCUGCCGAAAUCCCUCGACCGGACAUUCUGCGUGGGCCUUCCCAUAGUUGGUUUGAGGUUGACAAGACCGCCACCGGUUUUCACGACCGUCAGCUGUCGACUGAUUCUGAUCAGAUCCCACCGUCUCUCGGAAGCGAUGGCAGCUUACAGGCGAACUCCUGCUUCCCACCGAAAGCUUUUCUGCGCCCUAGCCCCGAGGCUAACGUCAAUGCGAAGGGUCCUCAUCCAGUGUCAGUGCAGCAUCGUAGGAAGAACGCCCCUGCCAAUCUGCAGGUGAACACUCAUUCAGGCAUCGGGACCAAGCCAAGCCACAAGAGAGGUGCCAGCUCCAUUGAUAGUAAUCGUGAAUCAACACCUCGGAAAACCGAAGCUGAGCCAGAAGCCAUCAUGGGCGAGGAGGGGAAUAUCAUUCGCGGGCUCUUGUACAGUCCCAGCGCGCCGUUUGUGCAAAUCAUUGCUACAAAUUCGACACAAUCCCUUGACCGAACCGAGGUGGGAGGUAUGCGGGAAGGUCCAAGGAGAGCGCACGGAACACAAUCUGCCACCCAGCCCACUGGCAGAAACAUCUUUGGGUCCUUGCGCAAAGUAUUAGGAAACAAGCAAGGUCAGGUUGACGUGACACUCGUUACUGCGUCACACUCGGCACAAGAUGUACCCAUCCGAACCCAGAAGCCAGCAAUGCCACUCAACCUAUCCAAGUCACAUGAUGAGUUGCGAAACCAAGCCGGGCUCGCCCUCGCGCGGAAAGGCGAGGUUCGCAUUGAUCUUUUGUGUGCAGCGGUCUGUCAAAACUAUGAGAGCAAGUUUCCCUCCAAACAUCGCAUCACCUAUGGAGCCUUUUUCACACACAAUCCGCCCAUGGCGCCGGCUGACAAUACUGAUGGUGGAUUGAACACCCCGCGACUCAAUAAUCGUGCCACUGCUCAAAGUGGCUCUAUCCUCAUUGUGGACGAUACAAGACCCGAGUUGCCUUCCAUGUCGGGUGCCCUCCGCCCUAACACCGAUGACAUGAUUGGAGUCACUCCCGCAUCCGAAACAGAGGCACUCUUCAAUGAGGGUGUGGUCAUUCUUCCCAAGGCUCGGAGUGAUAGCAUGGAUGCGGUUGCCACCCAGAGGAGCUCUGAUGUUCUUGGAACUGUGAUGGAUGUGCCGUCUGCAGAUGGAAGCAAUGAUACGCUUGACAAACUCGCCACUGGUGCUUCGUUCGGUGGCGAUCACUUUGCCUUGACCAGCGGACUUAGUGGAGAGAGGCUUAAAACUCCAACAACAGUCAGUUCGAGGACGGAGCGAGAAGGUAAUACAAGCCUCGACUUAGCACGACCAAACGAGCAAGAUGCAUCCUCAGAGAAAGCGUCCUUAGUGGAUGAAAGUCAUGAUGCAGGUGGAAAAGGAGAUGAAGAUAGCAACUCCCAUGCUAAAGACGAAGCACCCACUCAUACGCUCAGACGGCGGCCUGGUGGUGACCUUCGUCGUGUUGAGAACGUACAAGACCUAGACCAUUCCACACACCAUAACUCGUUGGACACUGUCAGUGCCGCAUCUGACUCUGCUCAUGAAUCUUUACUCAUAAUGAGAACUGAUACUGGUCGUACGAUCAAAAGAGAUCCGGACCCUCCGCGAAAAGCAAUCUCAAUGAUCAAUACGCACUCAUCUCAGCACCUCCGACCCUCGUUCGAGGCGGCUGUCGCUGAAUUUUCGGCUAUCCCGGAUGACGAUGAUGGAGGCUUAGAAGCUACGUUGAUGAAGCUCGAAGGCCGUUAUGAGAAGAAGUCGCCCCCAAUGGAACAGCACCCAUUAGAUACGACGGGUAAGAGAAGAUCCUUACCAGACCUCAAGACAAGCUCACAUAUCGAUCUGAGAGAUCCUGUUCGACAAGCGCGGCAAUCACUUGAUAUCCAGAUUCGAGAAAUCACGAAUGAUCUGACCUCACGCACGUCUCUGGAUGGGCUCCAGCAGGCAAGCAAUCCGACAUCUCUUGGUCUCAAGCAAUCCUCUUCUCGCAAGUCAUCGAUCUUUGGGCUACCCACCGAAUCUAUCGCAGGUUCCGAAGAGUCAGAUGGGUCCUUGCCACUAUUGAAGCGCGAUGCUGCCCACGAAAGCACGACAGGACCGGCCAACACUAUUCAAGGUCCAGUUGUCGCCCCUGGAUAUUUUGCUCAGGACCCCCCUCAACUGUUUCAUUUGCCUAAAGCACCUCCGCCGAGUGGAAACAAGCAUGCUCACAUGCAGAGUAUCUCGCGCCCGGACACUGCAAAUGACAGUGCUAGGUCAUUCCUCCUAGAUGAAGAUGAGAAUCUCUCCGACUUAUCAUCCGAAAUCUCAGUGGACAUUAUCAAUUACUCUGACGUUGUUGACAACUCCAUGGCUCCCAUGCUCGCGGCCCCUGGAACUGCGAUAUCCGGGCUGGAAAUCCCGGCUCAUCCUUUGACAUAUGCCUCGGUUGUCAAUUUGAACGCUCUCGAACAAUCGGCGCGAACAUCUGAUUCGAUCCCCCAUGAGAUAGACCCAGCAAGACUGCAGGCAAAAAUCCCAAAUUCUGUGCCGCCUCGUUCACGGGAGAAGCCCAUGUCUCAGCCGCUCUCACGUGUCCCUGCCGGACCUGCACAUGUUCCUUUUGUACUCGCAUGCGACUCUCAAGUUCUUGCACAGCAACUGACGCUCGUCGAGAAGUCCGCUUUGUCGGAGGUUGAAUGGUCAGACCUGGUGGAAAUGCGUUGGGACAGUAAAGCAGCUGAAGUCCUAGACUGGGUGGAUUGCUUGACGCAGACCAAAGUACGGGGCAUCGACCUGGUGAUUGCCCGCUUCAAUCUCGUGGUCAAGUGGGCCAUGUCGGAAAUCAUAUUGACCCAGGAUAUCCAUGAGCGUGCUCGAGUGAUCACCAAGUAUAUCCAUGUUGCUGCUCACGCCCGCAGGCUGCACAACUAUGCGACAAUGCUCCAAUUGACAAUCGCUCUCACCUCUACGGAUUGUACCCGUCUCACCAAAACAUGGGCCUUGGUCUCUGCUCCUGAUAUGUCACUACUCAAGCACAUGGAAUCUCUCGUUCAACCUAUUCGAAACUUUCAUGAUCUUCGCCUUGAAAUGGAAUCCGCCGAUCUCAGUGAUGGCUGCAUUCCCUUUAUUGGUUUGUACGUUCAUGACUUGACCUACAAUGCCCAAAAACCAUCACGUAUCCCCAGUGGGCCCGGACGUGAGUCACUGAUCAAUUUUGAGCGAUAUCGCACUUGUGCCAUCAUUGUCAAAGGACUACUGAGACUCAUCGAUGCCGGAUCCCGGUAUAGCUUUGAGCCGAUCGAAGGAGUCAUUGAGCGUUGUUUAUGGUUGGCGGCUCUGCCUGACGAUCGCAUACGAAGUACGAGCAAAUCCCUGGAAUGGUAA